GGGGCUGGAGUCGGCGUGGCCAUGGUCUUGGUCCUGCUGGUGGCCAUUCCCCUAUUGGUUCACACCACCAAGGGGGGAGGGUCCGGAGGAGGGGGUACGCACUACGAGAUGCUUGGGAGCUGCAAGAUGGUGUGUGACACUUUCACCCCCCCACAGGGAGAGCUGACAGCCGUCUCCCCUCAGCCCCCAGACUUCUCAAACCGCAGGGGCAAACAGGGGUUCAGAGGGAGCCCUGGACUUCCUGGUCCGCCAGGUCCUAAAGGGCCCGCCGGAGAGCCCGGCAAGCCUGGCCCUCCUGGUCCCCCUGGGCCUGGACCCGGUGGCUACGGCCAAUCCUUCUACAGUCCCAAAAUCGCCUUCUACGCAGGCCUCCGGAAACAACACGAAGGGAGUGAAAUACUCAAGUUUGAUGAUGUUGUGACCAACGUAGGGAACUACUACGAACCGAGCACCGGCAAGUUCACUUGCCCUCUGCCUGGCAUCUACUACUUCACCUACCACGUCCUGAUGAGAGGAGGUGAUGGGACGAGCAUGUGGGCUGACCUGAAGAAGAACGGACAGGUAAGGGCCAGUGCAAUCGCUCAAGAUGCAGAUCAGAACUACGACUAUGCCUCCAACAGUGUCAUCCUGCACCUGGAUGUCGGGGACGAAGUGUGUGUGCAGCUGGACGGGGGCAAAGUCCACGGUGGAAACACCAACAAAUACAGCACCUUCUCUGGCUUCCUCAUUUACCCAGACUGA